AUGUCAGAACAAACAACCCCAGUUCCAAGAACUAGAAGAGUUAAACAACAAUCUCCAUAUGAAGUCUACAUUAAGCCAUACGUUACACCAAAGUUAAAGAAGGAUCUUAGUUUUGGUUUGGUCGGGUUUUUGGGAAUGUGUGUGGGGAUCUUCCAUUAUGCGUAUAUAAUGAAGGAAUGGCUCAUGAAUCCAUACAUGGAGAAUACCAAGCUCGCAAUUCACUUUGCUGGUUUUUUCCUCCAUGUGUUUGUUCUGAUUUACUUCUAUUUAUUCAAAUACUAUCCAGUUGUCUACGCUGAAGAGAUUGCAGAGGAACAAGCAGAGUUGGAAGAACUUAGAAAAAAGGACGCGGAAAUAAAGUCAAGAAAGAAUCAAUAG